AUAGGAUCUUCUACCAGCUACCAUAGCCAAACGUAGCAACCGUGACUCUCUCGGAUCGAGCUCUCGAGCCACACCGAGCCGAGGAUGGACGGCGAACCUUCUGCUUCUUCCGCGAGACAACCAUCGUCGUCAAUGUCAAUGUCGUCGCAGAAGAACACGACGUGCGAUCGGUGUAGGAAACGCAAGGUCAAAUGCGUAACCCUCCCCCCAGACAUCCCGGAUAACGAAGACCAAAAGUGUAAAGGGUGUUACAACCUGGACGAACCGUGUACUUAUGAGUAUGUCGUGAAACGGGCGGGGAGGAAGACUACCCGGGUGAUCAACCAGCUGAAAAAAUCACGCUUAGAGUCCAACAACGCCAACAACGACGACAACGACAACGACAAAGACAGAGACAGAGAUAGGGACCUCUCGUUUUCCCACCCCGAAGCCGGACCAGGACCUGGGAGUAGUAGUAAUAGUCGGAGACCUACGAACCAUCAUUCCAGUCCUUCCUCCCAAUCUCAUCUUCAACGCCGUCCAUCUCAUCUCCAGAAUCAACCUCAACGUGCACACAAUAAUCAUACGAAUACGAAUUCGCAUUCGCAUGCGCAUGCGGUCUCACCGGAAGAAACCUCGACGACGUCCUCGUUUCAAUUCUCUUCGGGGUUGAUGUUGCCGCACCACCACCACCAUCAAGCUUCUCCCCCACCACCCCCACCUCCACAUUCGCAUUCGCAUUCGCAUCAUGCGCAUUCGAUAUCGGAUCUGGUCUCCGGGCCGUUAUCCGCUGGUCUAGGGAUCGGCCCUGGAGUCGGAGUCGGAGUCGGAGUAGGCGUGGGAGUAGGCGUGGGAGUCGGCGUGGGAGUGGGAGGAGGUGCGGGGGUAGGGAUAGGAAAUAACGGGCCGGGCGGGACGGGGAUCGGGUAUCAUCAAGAGAUGGAUAUGGAUAUCGAUAUACGAGGCCCGGGUCCGGCGGGAUUAGGUAUCUCUUCCUCUUAUUACGAUCCCACCACCACCACAAAUAAUAAUAAUAACGUUAGCGUGAACACGCCCUUGCCGUACGGAGGAGGAGGAGGACAUGGUGGAGGAGGGGACAUGCACACCUCGGCGUUGAGCGUAUCGACGAGUAGUCAGCCGGACGAUCAGGCGGCGCUCAGUGGGUUGUUGCAUUUGAGGAACCAUAUUCCCGGGACUGGGAGCGCCGAGGGUUAUCCACAUUCGCAGCAGGCGCAGGGCCAGGGGCAGGGGCAUGGGGUUCAAGGGCAGAAUCCGUAUCAACAGAAUCAACAUCAUAAUCAACAACAAUAUCAACAGCAUUCGCAUCAACAGCAACAGCAAAAUCAAACCCAACAUCACCCGCCCUCGGGCUCGUCUUACCACUACGUCGUACCCGACUUCCCCCACUCGCUCACCGGCAACCACACCCGUCAAUCACACUCCCACUCCCAGGUCUUGCAAUUGGAACAGGUCAUCUCCUGGGCCAACGCCGCCUUCUUCCUUCGACUCUAUUUGAAGUAUCAGCAUGCGCUCAUGCCGCUCGUCCACAAGCCGACUUUUGCUAAAGAUAUCGUCGAUAGGCGGGAUAAGACGGACGAGGUGUUCAGGGGGUUGUUGUUCAGUCUCAUCACCCACGUGAUAUCUCAAGUCCCGAAGAGCAAGAUGAUCACCCAUUUCACGCAACCCGAUUUAGAACGCCUGCAGGUGAGGUGUCAUCAGGCGAGCAGGACGAUCCAGGUCAAGUAUCACCACGAGCCGAGCUUGGAGUUGAUCAUCGCUCAUUACGCCGACGUCGCGGUCUGUACCACCCUGGGCAAGACCGAGUUGUCCGGGAUCAUCCUCGCCGAAGCCGUCCGGAUGAGCUAUUCGUUGGGCCUGCAUCGCCCGAAAUCGGUCCUCGGCGGGGAUUUCUUGCAGACUCAGAUGCAGAGGAGGUUGUUCUGGAUCUUGUACCAGACGGACAAAACCGAGGCGUCUGUGGGACUACCCUCGCUCAUGCCGGACUACGAAGGGGUCCCACCGAUGCCCCUCGAAGUGGACGACGAGUUCAUCACCCCUCAAGGCUACCUCCCCCAACCGGCCACCCGUCCAUCGACGAUGACGGGCCUCGCCAUGUCAUGUCGCCUCUUUCGAAUCUUUUCCGAAUGCCUGUUCCGCCACCGGACGUUUUCUUAUACCCCCGGGGUAGCCGCGGACCCGGAUAGCACGUUGAACUGGGUCGAUGGGGCGAGGAUGGAUUUGAGGGAGACCGUACUCGGGAUGCCGACGGCCUGGCAGGCGCACCCGGAGGGGAUGGAGGACGAAGACGAUCGGGUCAUGUACGGGACGCAGAGGGCGAAUAUAUUGAUCACGGCCGCGAGUCUUGAUUUCGCUUUGCUCGACCUCAAGGCGCUCAUCGUACCAGAGUUGGAUAUCGCCGAGGAAAGGGAGGCGGCGGCGAGGGAUUCGUACAGGGUGUUAUCGGCCAUCCCGAUUGAGCACUUGGCGAUGAACGGAGAGAGCAUCCGUGGGAAAGUGUUGAGGAUCAUCAUCGCGUUGAUGAGCACGACGUCGAUGCAGGACGAGACGUACAACCAGAGCGUCAAGGAUUGGUGGGGGAUCCUCUCCCAAGUCCAGUGGGUCCAGGUGAUCCCUUUGGAUACGGAAUCCCUCCUUUCCACAGAAUCGCAAUCGAUGUGAUCAGCCCCAACGAUGGCGAUUUGCAACCUGGGAUCAUCAUCGGAACGCAGCCACGGGGCUGAGCUCCACAGGCCACAGGCCACAGGCCGAGACCUCGCGACGAUCGAAUGGAAAACGUUGAUGAUCAUCUGAAACUCUGUUUCUCAUCGCUCGCUUCCUGGCCCCCUUUGAACGGGGAAAGGGGGACGCGGAAGCAGAACCCUGCGAUAUGGAAGAGGGGCGGCCACGGGGUUCAGCCGCGGAUCU